GGCUGUGGGAAGCGCCGACGACGCGGGCGGUACUCGGGCCGGGCUUGAGCCUCGGAUACGGUCAAUGGAGGCGGCCGCGCUCUCGCUUCAGUUGUUCCGCCGCGGAAUGGCGGCCACAGAGUAAGAGCGGCGGCCAUGUCCGAGCGGCGUUCAGCCGAAGGCGAUGGCGCCGCUCCCCCGAGCCCCGGCGCCGAGUACCGGGAGGAGGCCGAGGGAGCGACGGCCGCUGGUACCAGGGCCGGCCGCGACUUGAAGGAGUGGCUGCGGGAACAGUUCUGCGACGGUACCGCGGAGGAGUCGGAGGACACCCGGCUGCAUGAUGCCACCUACGUGGGAGACCUGGCCACCAUCGCCACCCUGCUAAAGGAGGACAACUUCAGGAGGAGAAUCAAUGAGAAGUCGGUCUGGUGUUGCGGAUGGUUGCCCUGCACACCCCUGCGGAUUGCAGCGACUGCGGGCCAUGCUGACUGUGCGGACUACCUGCUUAAACAAGGGGCAGAGGUGGACUUGGUUGACGUCAAGGGACAGACUGCACUGUACGUGGCUGUUCUGAAUGGCCACGUGGAAUGUACCCGCAUCCUCGUACAAGCGGGUGCAGAUCCGAAUGGAAGUUGCCAUCACCGCAGCACGCCUGUGUAUCAUGCCUCGCGGGUGGGCAGAGCAGACAUCCUCAAAGAACUAAUCAAUGGCCAUUUAACCUACCAACCUGCAUAUCUCGGGGGUGUGGAAGGAAACUGGUGCAGCAGAGGAAACCUAUGUGGUCAUGGGGAGAACAUGCAAACUUCAUGCAGUAAGCACCUGAGAUAUGGUGCUGAUGUUGAUGUUGAUCACCAUUUAGCCAGUCGUAUCUCUGCACCAGCUGCUCGGCGAUUCACGUCACUAGGCGUGUGCCCACUCUACAUCAGUUCUGCCUAUCAUCAUCUCCAGUGUUUCAAGUUGUUACUGAAAGCCGGAGCUAACCCGGAUUAUAAUUACUGGGGCCAGGUGGAUGUUAAGGCUUUUCCUAGAGGAUCUCCGACCUGCAUUCUGGAUGCUGUCCUACGGCAUGGAUGCGAUGUGGAGUUUGUAAAACUUUUGAUCGACUUUGGUGCUAACUUAAAUCUAGUUAAUUGGGAAGGACUGGACGUGGAAACAAUGAGUCGCAUGAAGGUGAAGGAGGAGGCAUUGCAGGUCUUCAGAGCAGCAAAAAGUACUCCCAGGGCGUUGACAUCUUCCUGUCGCAUUGUCAUUAGGAGAGCGCUGGGGAAGUUUCGUCUUAAUCUGAUCCAAACACUGCCUAUACCAGACACAGUCAAAAUCUUCCUGUUACAUGACGAUACUUGAAGGAAGAUUACAUUUUACUGCUCUGCAUGAUUUCUGUUGGACUGAAGCUUCACUAUGCUUAUCUGGGGCUGGACUAUCAUUGGAAAUUCAGGUUUCUGCCUCACUUGACUGAUGUAAUGUAUCUUGGAGAGUGAGUUGUUGAUUUGCUAUUCUUCAUUAGCCAGGUCAAAAGAUUUAUCCUGUUAAGGUUCUUGGAGUGCAAUAUCACUGGCAUUUGUAAGAAGAACAGAAAUCUCGAAGAAAUGAUUAUGUCCUCCAUCAACAACAGUGUUUACCAAUUAUAGACAACAUGUAAUAUCCAGUACCUCUUAGUGAAUUUAAGGUAUCAAUAGACCUUUGUAAAAGUAUGUAGGUUAAUCAAACUCUCUAAUGCUGUACUUGACAUCAACUAAACACUCCAAUGGAUUCCUAUUUUUCAUUGACAAUAUUGUGUCUCUCCAGAAAUAUUCAGUAGGUAAUACCUGACAGAACAGGCAGAAUAGUUUUGUUUGACAGGAGCAGAUGUAUUAACUGUAACAUUAGCUGUCUUUCAGCUAUUGUACAUUUAGAUUAAUCCCAAUUCAUUUUACAAGAAGUUCUUGGAGAUACAAAAUGGUAUAGAUAUAAUUAAUUAUGAAAUUGAUGGUACCUUGUUUGGCAUCCUCUUGAAAUAUUUUACAAAUUCACUAUUCAAAAUUGGUCAACACACUCCUUAUUCUCUGAGGGCUUUGGUUUGAAGCUAGGCACAAGGAAUGGGAUAAACAGGUCUAACAGGUACAAUACAGUAAGUUUCAUCUUUCUUUAUAUUAAGUACUUACAGGAUGUAACUGAAUUGGCAAGGCCAGCAUUUAUCUGCUUGCAUGGUUUGGGUCCUAGUUCGAUUUUUGAGGGGAUUUGCUGUUUGUGCUGAAUUUUUAGAAUUUUUAUAUUUUGGCAUGUCGGCUGCCUUGGUCAAACUUGCUGGACAAGGGUCCAUUAAUGAGUUCCUCUUCUAAAUCAUUGCAUUGCUUGUUCAGAAUUAGUUACCAUUUGCAUAACAGGGACUUGGGAGAGCAGUGUGUACUUUUAUCAGGUGCACACAUCGCAACUAGAUGCUCUAGGUGUUGGAUGGACUAACAGUGGACUUGUCCAUUAGAUGUUCCGUGGAUACAAGGUUGCAAUGGCUUUUUCUGAAAACACUGAGCAUGGCCCCUUACAAAACUGAGUUAUUGUCAAACAUUAGUUCCUUUCCAAGUUAAUCUGUAAUUGCAUCUCUUAAUGUGCUCUGGUUCGUUCUUUACUGCAGUAUUUCCUUGAUUUACAAGGAGAUAUUGGAACAAGAUCUAGAAAGUUAACAAAAAAGCAUUUUUCCAAAUUUUGUUUAAAGAUGAAAAUAUGGGUGGCACUACAAAACUCAAGAAAAUUUGAUCAAACCAGUCUAAGCUCAUAAUAUACAUUAAUGAAUUAUUUAAUUAAGUUAAAAUGUAAGAUAAUGAAGCAAAUGUACUUUUAUAGGCUCUGCACCAAGUAUUAGUAGUAGUAAUAAUGAUGCUGGCUUUGAAUGUUGAGUAGGUAGAGUCAGAGAUGAGAGGCAGAGCUGUUACUGGAGCUUAUACAAUGGUAGUGAUGAAUCUGAGCUCGAUGGACUUUGUGGCAUUGAUGGCAAGGCUCUUCCGAGUGACUUUUCCUAAGUAGCUGAAGAGCAAGACUUAAGGCUCCAAUAGAAAUCUGAAUAGCUUUCCUUUUUCUUCAGAUAUCCUUCCUUACAGCUAUCAUGUGGCCACACUUGUUAGCAUUUUCCUGUUUGAGGGUGGUUAUUGUGUGCUUCUUGUGGAAGAAUGUCUCUGAAGUCCUUUUCAUAGAGAGCUGUAUCAGUGGUGUUUUUGUGUUGAUGGCUUCUUGUUCCUCAAGCUGCAAUUGAUCCUCUUUUUAAGUUCUUCAAGAGGAAAUUCCAUUGUUUGCCAUGUCACAUUGAUCUACUUUAAACUCAGCAUUAUUUGCAGUCUUGACAGGAUCUUCUCAGACUUUUCAGGUUCAUAAAUCCACACUGACCAUAAUAUCCUCCAUAUAUUGCAAUAUUACUGAAGCUCAUUAUGGGCUACAUCGAAGGUAGUGGUAGCAGCCUGGUGGUGUAGGGAAUUGGGUUCAUGGGGCCAGUAAAGGGGACAGAAGACACCAUCUAUGUGUAGAUUUUUAACCAUUUGUCAACAAAAUAAAGACAGACACUAAAGCAUUCGAGUUACACAGAUACUGGAUGGUUAGUAUGACACAAUUACAGCUCGGGGUGUCAAAGUUUGGAGUUCAGUCCCAGUGUCCUCUGUAAAGAGUCUCUGUAUGUCCUCCCUGUGGAUUGCCUAGGUUUUCUCUGGGUGCUUUGGUUUCCUCCCACAUUUCAAAGAUGUACCAGGUAGGCUAAUUGGUCAUUAUAAAUUGUCCUGUGAUUAGGUUAGGGUUGAAUCAGGGUUGCUGGGCGGUGCGGCUUGAAGGGCCUUAUGGUCAGUGUGGAUUUAUGAACCUGAAAAAUCCGAGAAGAUCCUGUCAAGACUGCAAAUAAUGCUGAGUUUAAAGCAGAUCUGUGUUGUGUCUCUGAAUAAAAUAAAUACUAAAUUGUGUGUACUGCCCUCUAUCUGCAGCACACAUCUAAACUUUCUGUGGCACUGUUUAUGCGAUCCAUAGUCUAUUGGUGACCAAGAGAGAGUGAGAGCUCCACACAAGCUACAUUUAUACGCCAGCAGUACUUUGAAGCCAGUACUGUGGCACCAGAAGCAGCCAAUGGAAGGGUUGCAGCAUUCUUCAAACCGGCCGAUGGUUAACUAAAACACAGUUAACCCUUCACAUGACUUUCCACCCUUCAAAGGACAUGUGACUGCCGACCAUCAGGGUAGUAUACUUCUUGUGGAUGCCCCAAUAUGCUAUAUAUAAGAGGUAAAACUAUACAUGUAAUACCCAAUGGGGCCAAUUGUCGCCCUCAGUCCACCAACUUCCUAGUGCUCCAAAAGCCCACCAGUUCCCUCCACCCCUGGGUAUAGUAGCCAUGGAACUGUCCCACAUUUUCAUAACCUAAUUCAUUGACUGCUAGAUGUGGUCAGUCAAGUGAGUAAUAUUCCCUGACUCAUCUGGAACGUAGAUGCAGCACUCUCAGCCAAUAACAGCACAGGUAUCGUCCCUUUCUGCAAGCAAAUAAUCUAAGGCCAUUUGAUUCAGCAACACAACUGUCCAUUUAGCUACCAUUUCGGCUGGUACUUGGGUUAGCACAUCCUUUGCCUGCUUGAACAUUAGAGUCUCCAUGGAAGAGGCCAUGACUAUCUUUUCCUGGGAUAGCCUGGCCAUACCAUACUGGGUGAAGGCUAUCAUCCAGUCCCUUUUUGCUUUUGAAACGCCUUUUACUACACUGACCAUCAUGGGCAGGAUGUGCAUCCAGGUCACUAUGAUCCUGGAUAGCAGCAGCCAUACCACCCAGUGAGGAGCCAUGAGCAGGCCUGGGAGCUGCAUAUGCAGUAAGUAUUAUUCAGUGUCCAGGGAGUGCCCACCUUCACAGCACCAUCUGGUGUAGAUACAGUCGUCCCAGGAUACUGUUCCUGCUCACACUUGCUAUAUCCCACUGACUGAUUGGACCUGUGCUCAUAAGAUCGCCUACACCAACAUUAUUUUUCCUUGUUGACUGAGUUGGGACCUUUCAAUUAGAUGAAUCAUAAGCAGGGAAAUGCCAGUACUUAAACACCUGCCCCGCUGGGGUUACCAUGAGGUGAGUUGGUUAGAAUGGACUACACCCUACUUGCUUCCUCAAAACAAAAUGAUGGAGAAGGUAGACAAGUUCCUCCCAACAGUCCCUUUCCUUUUCAUCAAAGGGAUUGGUAUAGGUGGUACCCCUUCCACUGUAUGAAUUGGAGUAUUCCUAUGUUUCCAGUAAUCCGAAAUGUUAGUGCGAUUUGCGUAUUUGUUCCUCCACGUGUUAUAGGGGUCCCACACCACUGUCGUCGGUGUCUGCCACUCUGCCAUUCUGCAAUGUAGGGAGACGCACAUUCAUUCCCUCCUGAUUGGUUGUAGGAUGUUUAAACAUAAAGCAGUCUUGUUAGCAAAAUGAACAACUUUUAGGAUUCUCGCUGAAUAUGUCAAUCUCCUAAAAAUAUCAAUUCCAAAUUCCCAAUUUAACUGUCCACUAAUGAGUAAUUUCCCCAGAUGUCCAAUAGACAUCUCUUAUCUGGAAUAGAGGUGUACAGAUUUCCAUCCCCUUAACCCAGAUUUCACAUGGCUACUGUGGAAUCUGGGUCUCUCUCUAAAAUGAAACCAUAGAAAGAAACAAACUAAAAACACAGACAAGACAGAACAAAAUCUAUGCUUGUACUUUUCUUCCUUCAGAACCUUCCCAAGUAACUGCAACAAGUGAAAAAUUUAACACAUUUGUCAAAUAACAAAGGGAAAGAAAAGAUGACUGGGUGAGGACCCCUGACAAAUUAACACACUCACACAACCGCUUAAAGGAACAACCUCUGUGCAAAUGAGCUCCUGCAAAUUCACUUCAGGGUGGUGAAAUAUUUCAAUAUGUCACCUUUUCUGCUGAUGCAUAAGAUUAAUUCAAACUUCGAAUAUCGAUUUGAGCAAACACAUGACAACCUUUGCAUUCGCACUUGCUCUCAAGUGAUAUUACAUGUGCCACACCUUGUGUAACAAUCAAAACAUACAAACCAUUCAUACUAAGCCAUUUCAGAAAAUGACUCGCUCUUAAGCGUUAAGCCAUUAACAAAAUCUUAGCCACCUAUGUUGUUUUAAUGAAGCAUCCCACCAUGGUUGUGGCAAGUCCACAGUCCUCUGGCCAGUCACCGCCACCAUCAUAUACACUGACCAAAGUCCACUGGCAAAUGGCCUUACCUUUCCUCUACUGUACUUCACUCCUCCCAGGAUUUCAAAUCCCAUUCAAGAAAGGAGAGGUACCUAACCUUAACAGCCACUGUCACUUGAUCCCAUAGAGAUUUAUGAUCCCCUUAGGAAGUGGGUGGUAUGCUCAAUGGGUUACUUAUUGCAUCUUGGGUCAACAGCCCCUCCUGCCCCCAGAUGACAAUCUCUCUAUUAGAUAAAGUCACUCUACCACCUCCUGUAUCCCAUAUCCUCAAUAGCCACAUGGCCAGAGGCUUUUGUCUAUCUACAAGCUGAUAGACUGUCUUAGCCAGGAUCUGUGCUGACCAAUUAUUUUCUCCUCUGGCGAUACAGUACUGAUUCAAAGCUUCCACCUUGUUUUUAAGACUUUCUAAUUCCUGCUUGUUCUAUGAAAUUUUCUCACAUUGUUCCUUUACGAUGGCAGCCAGCAGCCAAAAAGCUCCUCUGUGGCACCCCUUCCUAAAUGGGAACUCUACUUUGUUCAGCACAGGCACCAUGUGGUGUCCUGUUUUUACCCCUCAGUUGUCCAACUUGUCUGACAAGUCCACCAGCAUACUGUGGUCUGGCAGUGUGUUGGCAAGACGUCGGAAUCCUGCACAGUUAUCAUCCACCCCAGGAUUUGGCAUUCCUCACACGGGAUGGGAGGCAGGGAGGGGUUGGUUUUCUUACUUUCACUUUUAAAGAUUUUAAACAUUUUAAUCUGCUUGAUCACUGAAUCCUUGCCAACUAUGUCAAUUGUUGCAAGGACUUAAGUUUGCAGAUUUGAUAAAGGCAACGAUGGGUAAGUUUUUAACUAUUUAUCAACAAAACAGACAAAUCAAAAUGUUCAAGUUACACAGAUCAACCCACAAAAUGCUGGAGGAAUGCAGCAGGUUAGGCAGCAUCUAUGGAAAUGAAUAAAUAGUUAAAGUUUUGGACUGACAGUUUUUCAAGACUUUGCUCAGAUCGUCUUUCUGCAGCACAGUUCCAGACUUUCUGCAGCACUGUUCAUGUGCUCCACGUUUAAUCAGAGAUCCAGAGAGUGAGGGCUCCACAUAUGCAACGUUUAUAUACUGGUGAUACUUUGCUGAAAGCUAGUUCUGUGGUGCCAGAAGUAACCAAUGGAAGGGCUGCAGUGUUCUUCAAAGGAUAGCUAAUGCGACGGCAGCGGUUUUUGAUCGGUAGAUAGGAUAGUGUUGUGUUAACCCUUCACAGUACACCUGGUCCAGUGGUGUAAUAAAGGAGAGGUAUAAGGAGGUACAAAAGCUAAUGUAGAUGUUGUCAGCCAUGUUCUGCUUAUUCAGGACUUCCAGACUCCUAGAGAGCCUCAUCUGCACCAGGGUACCAAGCUGCAGCUCCUCAGCGAACGUGUUAAGAAACUGGAGCUGCAGCUCGAUGACGUUUGGGGAAACUGAGAAGGUGAUAGAUAAGAGCUUACAGGGAGGUGGCUGGUUCUUAGUUGCAGGAGGCAGGUACCUGGGUGACUGUCAGGAGAGGGAAAGGAAAUGGGCUGUCAGUGCAGAGUGCCCCUGUGGCCAUUCCCUUCAAUAUAAAUAUACUUCGGAUACUGUUGUGAGGAAUGACUUAACGGGAAGCCACAGUGAUUGGGUCUGUGGCAUUGUGUCUGGCGCAGUGGUUCAGAAGGAACGUGAGGAGAAGAGGACUGUAGGAGUAAGUGGAUUUAGUGAGCUUGGUAAAAAAACUGAAAAUCAGCUUCUCCAGGGUAGUAAUCUCUGGAUUAAUGCCUGUGCCACAUGCCAGUCAGGGUAAAAAUAGAAUGAUUUGGCAGAGGAACUGGUGCAAGGGGCAGGUUUUCAGAUUUCUGAUCAUUGGGAUCUCUUCUGGUGAAGGUAUGACCUGUACAAAAGGAUCGGUUACACCUGAACCUGGGGGUGAGGGGUGGGGGAACCAAUAUUCAAGCUAGAACUGAUGGGGAGUGUUUAAACUGAUUUGGCAGGGGGACGGGAAACUGAGUGACGGGGUAGUUGAUAUAAAGCAGAUGCAGGGUGUAGUGAGACUGUCAGGAAGGACAGGAUAGGGUCAAAUUGCAAUCAGUGGAAUGAGUUGCAGUAUAACAGGGACAAAUUGAAAAUGGUAAUGAAUACUCUUCUGAAGGUGUUACUUGAAUCCAUAUAGAAUACAAAAUAAAGUAGAUGAUCUUAUAGAGCAGUUAGUGAUUCCCACAACAUCAUAUCUGCCAGUUUUCUGAGUCUUGGAAGAAGAUUGUAGUUGGAAUCAAAGGAUGCACAUUAUAUUGAAAGGAUUGGUAGUGGUGUGGCUCUGUUAGUUUUAAAAAAAUGAAAUCAAAUCCUUAGAAGGAGGUGACAUAGUAUUGAAAGAUGUAGAAUCAUUGUAAGUAGAAUUAAGGAACUGCAAGGGUAAAAAGACCCAGAUGGGAUUUAUAUACAGGCCUCCAAACAGUAGCCAGGAUGUGAACUACCAGAUGGGAUUUAUAUACAGGCCUCCAAACAGUAGCCAGGAUGUGAACUACAAAUUACAACAUGUGAUAGAAAAUGUAUGUCAAAUGGACAAUGUUCUGAUAAACAUGGGGAAUUUCAAUAUGAAGCUGGACUGGGAAAAUCGGGUUGGUACUGGUUCCCAAGGGGGCAAUUUAUAGAAUUUCUAUGUAAUGUCUUUUUAGAGCAACUUAUGGUUGAGCCCUCCAGAGGAUGCGCUAUUCUGGAUUGGGUGUUAUGUAAUGGAUCGAAUUUGAUUAGGGAGCUUAAGGUAAAGGAACCCUAAGGAGACAGUGAUCAUACUAUGAUAGAAUUCACCCUGCAAUUUGAGAAGGAGAAGCUAAAGUCAGAUGAAUCAGUAUUGUGGUGGAGUAAAGUGACUGCAGGUGACUAGUAGUGUUCCACAAGGGUCGGUAUUGGGACCGCUUCUUUUUAUGUUGUAUGUCAAUGAUUUGGAUAACAAAAUUGAUGGCUUCAUGGCCAAGUUGAUGGAUGAUACUAAGAUAGGUGCAGGGUCAGGUAGCGUUGAGGAACCAGGGAGUCUGGAGAAGGACUCAGAAAUAGGAGAAUGGGCAAAGAAGUGGCUGAUGGCAUAUAUAGUUGUGAAAUGUAUGGUCAUGCAAGCAUAUAAUAUUUUCUAAAUAGAGAAAAUUUAAAAAAAAUCUGAGGUGCAAAGGGACUAGGUAGUCCUCAUGCAGGAUUCCUAUGAGGUUAACUUGUAGGUUGAGUUGGUGGUGAGGAAGGCAAAUGCAAUGUAAGUAUUCAUUUCAAGAGGAAUAGGAUACAAAAACAAGGAUGUAAUGUUGGGACUUAGUAAAGCACUGGUGAGGCCUUACUCGGAGUAUUGUGAUCAGUUUUGGGUCCCUUAUCUAAGAAAGGAUGUGCUGACGGAGAGGGUUCAGAGGAGGUUCAUGAGAAUGUUCCUGGGAAUGAAAGGGUUAUCAUAUGAGCAUUUGAUUCCUCUGGACCUGUACUUGCUGAAAUUUACACAAAUGAGGGGGGCUCUCAUUGAAACCUAUCCAGUGAUGAAAGCCUAAAUAGAGUGGAUUUGGAGAGGAUGUCUAGGACCAGAGAGCACAACCUCAGAAUAGUCUAUUCUGAAGAUGCAGAGGAAUUUCUUUAGCCAGAGGGUGAUGAAUUUGUGGAAUUCUCUGCCGCAGGUAGCUGGCCUGGUUACUGAGAGUAUUUAAAGCGGAUGUUGACAGAUUCUUGAUAAGUCAGGGCAUGAAAGGUUACAAGGAGAAGUCAGGAGAAUGGGGUUGAAAGGGAAUUGGAUCAGCCAUGAUCUCAUGGUGGAGCACACCCAAUGGGCUGUGGACUAAUUUUCAUCCAAUGUUUUAUGAUCUUAUGGACUUGUGACACUUGGAAACACAUACUAUAUUAUUGAUAUUUUGCUGAUUAUUUGAAAUUUGAUUACCACCCUGCCUGUUCUAGUGGAAAACCAGGAUGGAAAGCAAGGUAAACGCUUAAUGCUGUAGUUUUGGUGUGGCACAGGUGGUAGAGUUGUUGCUUUACAUCUCCUGUGACUGUAUGGGUUUUCUCCAGGGGCUCCAAUGUCUUCCUAUGUUCACAAACCUGGUGGGUUAAUUGACUGAUGUAAAAUUGCCCCUGGAGUGUAGAUGAGUGGUAGAACCUUGGGGGUGGGGUGGAUUGUGGAAAAUCAAAAUGAGAUAUGGUAGGAUUAGUGUUUGAUGGUUGUUAUGGAAUCAGUGAGUUGGAGAAUCUAUUUCGGUGCUGCAUCUCUUUGUGACUAAACAUAGAUGAAGGAUGAAACAAUACUGAAAUACAUCUGAAAUGUUAAAGUGAUGAUCUUCCUUGCCAGACACAGCUCUGCAGACAGGCUCUUGAAUUGUGUGCUAGUCAUUGUGACUUUGAAUGUGCCACAUGGUGACCAGAGCUGUGCUUGUAAUGGUUCUUUAUUCAGCACAGGUGGACAGUGACCUGGUGGGAGAAUUUCCUGAAAAAACUCUCUAUAGAAUCAACAUGAACUCAACUAUAUUGGAAGUAUAUAUACUCUUUGAGCACAGAAGUAUCAGCAGGUGACUAAAUACUUGAGUUUUGAUAGUUCGCUUCAACAUUCUGGGUGUAGGCAGAUAUUGUAGCUCGGCAGAAAUGAGCCUUUACAGUGGGAGCAUGUUUCAACUAACAAGAUAUUUCUGACUAGUCAAUCACACAAAAUGGUUAUCUUUUAUUAAUGCCCUGUGAAAUGUCUCUCUCUUAGCAUACAGUGGUGUUUAUUAAUAUAUCUGUGUCCUAGAUUGAAGAGGGAUUCUUGUUUGUAUUAACUGGCUGCUACCUAUGUAACUCCUGAAAGAUGCCUGAUGCCUAACGCUUUGUAACAACCAGUGAAUAGGCAGCUGUUGCCAGAGCCAGUCAGAAAGUGGCCUUGUCAUUGCUGGCAGCAACCACAUGGCACAUUGUGGAACAUUCAGCCCAGUGUGUUUGGUGUGCAAUACUUUGAAGUCUUUUAAGUUUCUGGUUGAAUAUAUCAUCUCUGGUUUAAAAUUGUGUUUUGUCAAUUUUGAUCACAUUUACUCUCAGUUGGUGGCAAUGGGCACAUUGAUUAUUGGGUUGGAGUUGAAAAUUGUUAUUAGGUGUGAUAAAUUAGCUGGGAUUGAAAAUAUUCACAUAGAAGUAGGCAAAGUUUAUUAAUGAUCAUGCAGGGUUGAACCAUUGUUACAUCUUUUGACAAAGUUUUUUUUUUAAAAUAAGGAGCUCUCCCUCAGAAAUGGCAUACUUAACAACUUUGGAUUGCCACCACCUUAGGAAGACAUGAAGAUACAGGUGUCACCCAGCUGUUGUUUAGUGACUGGUGUUGCAGUCAGGAAUGAGCUACUAGAUUGCUAGGGGUUGGGUACAACACACAGGAAUGGGUUACACCAGGAUUUUACUUCAGUAUUUAAAAAGUAAAACACAGCCUAUCAUGUCAGCCCACUGGUCCCUUUGAGCUGCAUUAAUAUAAAGUGCCACAGUUUUCAGGCCGUGUAAAAAUUUCCUACUCAGAGCAAUGGCUUGUGCAGCUAUAUUAAAAAAAAUAGAGGGAACAUUGGUGUCGGCGCAAUGGUUUGAUGGAAUAAACAUCUGUUCAAUAUUUGUGUUUAAGUAUGAUUUUUAAAAAGGGUACCUUUUCUUCAUUCAGCAUUUCCUUCUAAACAGCUUCAUCACCUUCCUCUUUCCAUUGCCCCAUGUUAUGUUGGAUUUGAGGGUAUAUUUUAGCAAGCCAAUAAGCAUAAAGGAAGGUGAUCCUUCAGAGGUUGACAUUAGUUUUUUUUCCCCACAUUAUAAGUAUGUACAUGUAGGUACACAACAGGGCAGUUGUUGACAGUGUGAGAAGGACAAUGGACAACAAUAGGUCUGAAGAGUAACAUUAGCUCAAACGUGGGGAUGAAUUGAUUGCACAGUCUUGCUCAGCAAUGGAGAAUUCUAUGAUUUAAAUAAAUAAACAGUUACCUUUGCUAGUCCCUUCCAGUUAAUACUAACAGUGUUUAUCAGUGGGUUCUUCUCAUUGUACUGUUGGUGUGGCGUUCAGUUGUGUUACUUAAUCUUUUUGUGUUUCUAAAAUAUGGCUAAUUGAUCAUUUCUUAAUAAAUUGUGCAUUGAUUCUAUAUUGUAAAAUAAUUAAAUUCUGUGUUCAGUUUUGUGCAUUUAGAAGCACUUUAUCCUAUACACCGGAGUAUAUGAUUGUUUUGGCAAGUUGAUGUAUCAUACAAAUUGGUAUCUUUGUGCUGAUAUGUGUGCUAUUUAAUUCAUUAAAGAUCGCAAUUGU